GGUAUUGCCCGCAACCUCCCCUUCCGGCUCAACCACCCCCCUUCCGCCCGCCGACGCCGUCGCUCCCCCUUCAGCAACCCCGAUACGUUCGGUCUCACGACUGCAGGGUCCAACACCCUUCGAGAAGACGGAAGGGCACGUGAAGCGAUCACCGACGGUCGUUCCAGCGAUCUCGUUAGUCGAGCUGACGGCCGCUCCCCAACCCCCAAGCGCAGGCGCCUGGUAAUCAUGCGUGCCGAUGGACUAUCGACAACCAACGGCUUCUCGCAAGCGUCCAACGGGUCGCUCUCGAGAAAAGCCGGCUUGAACGGUCAGCCGACACCCACAUCAGCCAACGGCUCCCAGAGAAAUGGCGCUGGCAAGGCCUUGGCAGCCCCAACAUACUACGGUCAUAAUCGAGAGGAGGUGACGCGGAUAUUAAUUCAGAGUUUGUACGAGCUGGGUUAUAACGGGGCAGCGUCGCAGCUGAGUUCGGAGAGCGGCUACCAGCUGGAAACAUCCGGCGUCGCUACAUUUCGAAGUGCCAUCCUAGGAGGCCGCUGGUCGGAAGCCGAGAGGAUUUUGAUUGUGUCAUUUCGAAAUGGGGGUUCACAUUCAGGAAACCAGAAAUCCUCGGAGGAAACACUGGCUUUGGCCGAGGAUGCCGACAGAAACGAAAUGCUGUUCCACCUGCGCCAGCAAAAAUUCCUCGAAUUACUCGAGGCACGCGAUUUAGGUUCGGCACUUGUGGUCCUUCGGCAAGAACUGACACCGUUGAAUUAUGACGUUGAGCGUCUCCAUGCGCUUUCCAGUCUUCUCAUGUGCCCAACCGAAUUGCUCCACGACCAAGCGGGAUGGGAUGGUCCUAUCAGUUCCUCUCGGGAACGACUUCUUGCCGAACUGUCAAAAUCCAUCUCCCCUUCCGUCAUGAUCCCUCAGCAUCGGCUCGCCCUUUUAUUAGAUCACGUCAAGCAAAGUCAAAUCAACAAUUGUUUGUAUCAUAAUACCGCCGAACCCCCGUCACUUUACUCAGACCACAUGUGCAACCGGAGCGACUUCCCCUUGGAAAUUAGCGUUGACCUGACCCAGCAUUCUGAUGAAGUUUGGUACUGCGAGUUCUCUCACGAUGGCACCAAGCUGGUUACUGCAGGCAAGGACCACACAGUACUCAUAUACGAAACCAACGGCUUCAAUGUGCUUCAUAAGCUGGCAGAACAUGACGAGGGGGUUGCAUUUGCAAGCUGGAGUCCUGACGACACCAAAGUAAUAACCUGUUCCCAGGACAAGAAAGCUCGAGUGUGGAGCGUCGAGACUGGCCGGUGUCUGCUGACUAUUAAUCACCAUCGCCAACCGGUAACGGCGGCAGCCUGGGCUGCAGAUGGCGAGUCUUUUGUGACGGCAUCUCUCGACGCCAGCUCUCAACUCUGCCAUUGGAGUAUGCGUGGGCAAUCUCUGUACAUGUGGAAAGGCGGAUUCCGUGUGCAAGAUUGUGCCAUCAGCGUUGAUGGACGGCGUCUUGUGGCUGCUGACACAGAAGCCAAAAUCCACGUGUACAAUAUGCUCACGUACGAGGAGGAAUAUUGUCUCCCGCUCCCCAGUAAACCGACCUCGGUUGCCAUCAGUCAAGAUUGCAGACAUGUGCUGGUAAACCUGGCCGAAGGCGAGAUCCAACUAGUCGACAUGGUUACCACCUCGCUGGUCCGUGACUUCCGAGGCCAGAAGCAAGGGGAGUUUGUGAUCCGCAGCACGUUUGGUGGGGCGGCCGAGAACUUUGUCGUCAGUGGCAGCGAAGAUUCCCGAGUCUAUAUCUGGCACAAGGAAAACGGCACCCUUGUAGAGACCCUCGAAGGACAUGUUACUGGAUGCGUCAACUCAAUAUCGUGGAACCCGGUGAAUCCAACCAUGUUCGCAUCGGCAGGCGAUGACUGUGCUGUGCGCAUCUGGUCUCGAGACAGCGGCCGACCCCGUGUCACAGGACCUAGUCAACGCAGAGGAGUGUCGUCGGGUAGUUUUACGCGAACAAGCGCAUUGCGAACCACGUCCGCAAUUUGA